UCCCUUUCAUCAUAUCAACCCUUGUUUCUUUCAUAUUUGUGUUUGUGUUUGUCUUUCCAAAAAUGGUUCUCUCUGGAAGGCUUAGUACUGAAGUUGGUAUCAAAACACCUGCUGACAAGUACUUCAAACUAUAUGCAUCAGAGCUUCACGAAUUGCAAAAUCAUUGCGAAAGAAUUCAUCAUGCCAAACUGCAUGAAGGUGAAGAAUGGCACGACACUGAUACAGUUAAACACUGGACAUAUGUCAUAGAUGGUGAGGUACACACAUGUCACGAGACUAUUGAAGAAGUCGAUGAACAGAUCAAAAAAAUAACUUGGAAGCUUUUUGGUGGAAAUAUUGAUACUCACUAUAAGAUCUUUAAGCUCAUCCUUGAAGUAAGUGAUAAGGCUGAUGGUACUGCUAUUGUUAAAUGGACUGUUGAAUAUGAGAAAAUCAGUGAGGAUAUUAAUCCUCCAAAUGGAUGGAUGGACUUCCUUUUCAAAAAUACUCGAGAUGUUGAUGCUAAUCUUGUCAAGGAAAGGAUAGCUCUAUAAGACAAAAAGAAAGAAGGAUGUCAAUGCAAGUGGUUGGCUUAAGUGUUCAUCUUUAUAAUAAAUUAGUGUGAUGUUUGUAAUAUUGGAAUAUUAUAGCAUAUGCAUAUUGACUUCUGUUGUAAUGAAGUUGUUAGCGCUACUGAAAUAUGAUUGCCCUAUGCCCCUAUAGACCCUAUAAAAAGACUUUUUUUUUUUAUUUUUUAUCUUUGUUUGUAAUAUAUAGGUUGAAGAAUGUGUCCUAAAUUAUGUGAUGCAAAUAAAUAAAUGAAUAUG